GUCGAAAAAAAGAAGCGAGGAUGUACAAUUAGUGGAUUGAGACGAGGGGCUGCAGUCAAACAUUGAGACUCGUCCUCACUGGAGCCUACAAGUCAACACUGAGGGCAGCACCGCUCACUGUACCUGUGUGAGUGUCAGAAACAUGGCGGAAAGCGAACUGAACGUUGACAGCCUCAUCUCUCGAUUACUGGAGGUGCGAGGAUGUCGUCCAGGGAAGAUCGUACAAAUGACAGAGGCUGAGGUGCGAGGGCUCUGCAUCAAGUCUAGAGAGAUUUUCCUUAGUCAGCCGAUUCUGCUGGAACUGGAGGCUCCUCUCAAAAUCUGCGGUGAUAUCCAUGGACAGUACACAGACCUACUGAGGCUAUUUGAGUAUGGGGGCUUCCCUCCAGAGGCCAACUAUCUGUUCCUGGGAGACUACGUGGACAGAGGGAAACAGUCGCUAGAGACCAUCUGUCUGCUGCUUGCCUACAAGAUCAAAUACCCAGAGAACUUCUUCUUGCUCAGGGGGAACCAUGAGUGUGCCUCCAUCAAUCGUAUUUAUGGCUUCUAUGAUGAGUGCAAGCGCAGAUUUAACAUAAAGCUCUGGAAGACAUUCACAGACUGUUUUAAUUGUCUGCCCAUCGCUGCAAUUAUUGAUGAGAAGAUCUUCUGCUGCCAUGGAGGACUCUCGCCUGAUCUGCAGUCCAUGGAACAAAUCCGACGCAUUAUGAGACCUACUGAUGUCCCAGACACAGGUUUGCUGUGCGACUUGCUGUGGUCAGACCCUGACAAAGAUGUCCAGGGGUGGGGGGAAAAUGAUCGGGGAGUUUCCUUCACCUUCGGGGCCGAUGUGGUCAGCAAGUUCCUCAACCGCCACGACCUGGAUCUCAUCUGUCGAGCACAUCAAGUUGUUGAGGAUGGCUAUGAGUUCUUUGCAAAGCGACAGCUGGUGACUCUGUUUUCUGCCCCAAACUACUGCGGGGAGUUUGACAAUGCUGGCGGCAUGAUGAGCGUGGAUGAGUCCCUUAUGUGCUCUUUUCAGAUCCUGAAGCCGUCAGAGAAAAAAGCCAAGUACCAGUACGGUGGGGUGAAUUCAGGACGCCCUGUCACCCCGCCUCGUACCACUCAGGCACCUAAAAAGAGGUGAGCGGCUGGCCUGACUCUCCUGCUCCCCCUCGGCUGGUCUCUGGAACCACAUCCCUGCAGGCUGCCUCAGACACUCCAGCCUUUUCUCAGUCAGCUUGUUCAUGUGUAUAUAGGAACUCCCAGAGUGAUUUUUUUGCUUGUUCUGUGGGUAUUUUUAUGAACAUGUGAAUGGUUUUUCCAUUUUUUUUCUGAUACCAUGGUAUGCAUUUACUCAACCCAUUCAGGAAUAUUAACACCAACCUCUUGUGGAAUGGGAAAGAAGCUUCUUUAUCUGCCUUGAAAUUAACCAUUUCUAUUGUGAAUUUGUGAAUGCAUGCACGCUUGCGUGAUUGGGAUGAGUUGUAGUCCGAGCCAAUGUAAAAUCCAGAUUGUCCCAACCUAAAGGACCAGUUUCACUUUGAUUCCCACCUCUGGAUUGGCUGAAGUAUUGGACUGCUUCAAGAAAUGGUCUCACUGGGAUAUAUACUUAUUUGUAUUCUAGUAUAAGACUGAUAACUGGCUGACUGAGCUUGGAAUCAAAGGGAAACAGCCAGCCUGGCUCGGCCCAAAGGUAACAAAAUCCACCGACCAGCUCUUUAAUUUAUUGUAUCUUGUGUGAUCCACUAUACAAAACUCCAAAGCUGCAGAUAAUUUUUGGUAAGGACCUAUUGCCUAGCAACCAGCAGAGACUAUAGAAAAUUAUUGGUUCCAACCAAUAACUAGUCGGGCACAGACCCUCUAGUGAGCAGCAGUUUGCUCUAUGACUGUUUUUUGUACAGCUGAAAAAUGUGUUAAUUGGUGAGCUUUAGAAAUGCUUUGUUUUCAUUUGAGCAGAGCCAUGCUAGCCACCUAGAUACUAGUCUUUAAGCUGGCUGGAGCCGCAUAUGUAAGACAGAGGCGAAGCAUCAAUCUUCUUUUUUAACUCUGGGCAAGAAAGCAACUAACCCAAAAUAUCAGAUUUUUACUGUAAGAAUCACUUGGUAGACAGGGCAGCAUAUACGUUCCUCUCUAACAAAUGCUGUUCUUGUCAUGGAGAUAUCAAGAAAAUCCUAAGAUCUAAAUGACAUAAGUGAAAUAAAUAUUGUUAGAAAUCUUGCUGUAUGCAACCAUAAAGCCAGUCUGAACUUUUAUAAAAGCCACAGCUAUGCUAUAGCUUUGUAAGGGUGCUCUUAUACAGUUAAUGCUCCUCAUUAGAUUAGUGUUUCCAGCCAGCUUUUCACAACCAGCACCAAGUUGUGUACCUUUUUAUCCUGUGUGUCACUGGGCGAGCAUUUGUGAUCGUUAAAGAAGCGAUUUUCCAUUGUUGCUAAAAAAUAAACGGGGAAAACAACGCAAUAGUGCAAAUGAUUCCCUUUGAUCUCUGAUGUACAUCCAGUGUUUGUGGAACAUGUGGGAACCAAACAGCUCAGAGAGCACUUGAGUCCUUUAGUCUGACAAACACAGUAGAUGUGCAGAAAAGUAGACAAAUAUACCAGGGCAAAAAGGGAGGUAUACGAUUGAAAGGAUUCGUGAGAUAAGAAAAUGACUCCAAGUACAGGCUUAAGCAAUAGAUGUCAGCAAAUUCAUUUUUUAUAUUUACAGCUCAGCCGAGUCAUGUUCUCCACAGCAGUAGGUGUCGACCUCUUCCACACUGAACAUUGUUGCACUUCAGUCAUCACAUGACAUUAUGAAGAGGUCAAAAGUCAAGACGAUGAUGUUGUUUGUCGUCUACAUUACACUAGUUGUAGUACAUUGUUCCCACCUAGUGGUUAUUGAAUGAAGAACAGUAAAUCAUUUCCAACUCACUACUGAACAUUUAACCUGUAUCAUUUUAUUUAUUUAAAUCUUGCCUUUUGCCUUGUAAAUCUAUUGAUGUUCAAGUUGGAAUUGAUGUGUAAAGAAGUUCAGAGGUUUGAACACAUUUGUUUCAGAGGAGUGUAAUAAAUGGAAGUGCUAUUGA